AUGUAUAAAAUAGUUGAUACCCAUCUUCUAUUCUACCACCUCAGCCAGUUUCUUUCCCUGACACCCCUCUCUCUCUCCUCUUGUUUAUUAAGAAUGGCUGUCUCUUGCAAUAAAAAGGAUGGAAUAGAGUUGAGGAUUCAUGAAAACGCAGACGGGCUAAGUACCGAUUUGGCAGAAUAUAUUGCAUCAUUAUCUGAGGCUUCUGUAAAUGAGCGGGGUGCAUUUGCCAUUGCUUUAUCUGGUGGUUCUCUUAUUAGCUUGAUGAGAAAACUCUGUGAAGCUCCUUUCAACAAGACUGUUGAAUGGGCCAGGUGGCAUAUAUUUUUGGCUGAUGAGCGUGUUGUUGCAAAAAGCCACGUUGAUAGCAAUUAUAAGCUACUUAAGGAUACUCUUUUGGCGAAGGUUCCUACUGUUCCCAGCCAUGUCCAUUCUAUCAAUGACACGGUAACAGCAGAACAAGCUGCAGAGGACUAUGAGUUUGUCAUCAGACAGCACGUAAAGACUCGUGUGAUCGAUGUAUGUGAAAUUAACGACUGCCCAAAGUUUGACCUCAUCCUCCUUGGAAUGGGCCCAGAUGGGCACAUCGCAUCACUAUUUCCUAAUCACUCAGCGCUUGAUGAGAAAGAACUGUGGGUGACAUUUAUCACUGACUCGCCCAAGCCUCCACCUGAGCGAAUCACUUUCACAUUGCCAGUUAUAAACUCUGCCUCCAAAGUUGCUGUAGUUGUGACCGGUGGUAGCAAAGCAGAGGCUGCCCACCUGGCGAUUGAUGACAUUGGGCCCGAAUGUCCAGUACUACCGGCGAGAAUGGUGCGCCCAACUGAAGGCAAGUUAGUGUGGUUUUUUGAUCAAGAAGCUGCAUCAAAACUUGAUGAUGUGAAAUGCUAA